GUUCUAAGAAUUUAUCAUCACGCGAUAGUAGACAAUUAAAUCUUACUGCUUGGUUGUUGAUUCUGUGUAUUAUAACGUGUAAUGUAUAAACGCGUGAAAAUGACUUAUGAGAUUAAAAAUAAUUCAAAGUUAUUAUAAAUAAAGAUAAAAUAAUGCGAUUAAGAAAUAGAAAUGGAAUUUUCUUAUAAUUUUCAUCCGAUAUAAACUUUUAGGUUAUGUACUCUUCAUUUAUCUAAUGAUAAUUAAGGAUACUGAAUGCUUAAUGUUAAAUAGAUAAUUAUUAUCAGUACCUUUUAAAUUGAUAAAAAUUAUUCGAGUAAACAAUGGGAGUCGGAUAACUCUUAAUAAUAUUACUUUACUAAUACAAUGAAAUAUUUUCAUGUAACAUAAAUAGUUUGAUUUUAUGUAAAUAAGUAAUAAUGUCAAUAAUAGAUUCACAUCGAUUAACUAAACCAGAAUUUUUAUCAGAACAUGAACUCUGUCAAAUAUUAAAAAAUAGAUGUAUUGAAAUAACAGAUUUUGAAACAUUAUCUAAAACUGAAUUGAUAGAAUUAUACAAACGAGUUGCCAUGCCAUUACCUCAAAGACAAGCUGGAGAUAUAAAUUGUAAAGAAGCAAAUAGAAAUAAUUUGAAUCAGAAGCCUGUAUCAGAAACAGAUCAAAAUAUAACAGUACAUGUUUCUGAUAAGCAUGACAAUACAAAUACUACUAACUUACGUGAAAAGAAAAGAAGAGUAUCUCAGGGAAAUUUAGUAGAAUGCAAGUCAUUCAUGCAUGAAACUAAAUCAAUAUUGAAAAAAGUUCGUCUAACUUCUAUAUCAAAAGUAGAAAUUGAUUGUAAUGGAAUUAACAAACAUGAAAGUAAUGAAGAAAAUGAAGAUUCAACUUUACCACCUACAAAGAAAAGCGGAAGUGUUACACUUGCAGCUGUGACCAAAACCUUUCAGUUACGCAAUGGCGAAAGCAAUACGGUGGUAGCACGUUGUUUUAAUAAAAUUAUGAAUUACAUAUCACCGAUCGAUGGUAUUGACUUAUCAAAAAUCACGCAUGAUCAUGUCAUAUAUCACUUCUAUCGUAAUUCACUUAGGAAAUCUUUAGGCAAUUUGAUCCUUGUCGUCAUGGCAGCUGGAAUGUUUGCUCUAUGCAACGGAGGAGCUAUUCCAGUACCUAUUGCUCCUAUAGCUCCAGCAACGGAUUAUGAUCCUCAUCCGCAAUACACUUACACUUACGAUGUAAGCGAUAGCUUGACCGGUGAUUCGAAAAGUCAACACGAGAGCAGAAAUGGUGACGUUGUUAGUGGCAGUUACAGCUUAAUCGAAGCUGAUGGUACCAGACGAAUUGUCGAAUACACGGCUGAUCCAAUUAAUGGAUUCAAUGCUGUCGUCCACAGGGAACCUAUAGCUCUUAUCAAACCGAUCGUUCCUGUUGCUCCUGUUGCUCCCAUUGCCUACCAAAAGAAGAAGAAAGAAGAUAUCACCGAGAGAUUAGGUGGGGGCGGUAAAGGCGGGUGUUUUGACGUGUUGCGGCUUUUGUUGCAAGGAAUUCUCGCGGGUUAUUGUAUACGGAUGGCACAAAAAUGCGAGUCGCAACCGAGACGUAUAAAAGUGCCACCGAUUUUACCCCGAGGCAUCAGUCUUCUGCCGAUCCUCUUGUGGACAAACAUGGCUGGCAAGUUCGUUGUAUUCUUGGGAUUGGCGAUAUUCGGGCAAUGCUCGGUGGUACCUGCGGUGAUACCAGCUGUAGCAACUGUUCCUGCGGCAAAACUGGAGGAAUUUGACGCGACACCACAGUAUAGCUUUGCUUAUGACGUCCAAGACACUCUGACGGGUGACUCGAAGGCUCAGUAUGAAACAAGAAACGGUGAUAUCGUUCAGGGUAGUUACAGUUUGAUCGAAGCCGACGGAACUCGACGUAUCGUCGAAUACACGGCUGAUCCCGUAAAUGGAUUCAAUGCCGUUGUUAGCAGGGAACCUGUUACUGCUUUAGCUGCUAUCGCCGCACCUUUUGUACCCUAUGCACCCGCUGUGUCACCUUCCGUUGCAGCUGCAUCUGUACCUGCACCUGCUGUACCAACUAUUCCUGCGACUGGUCCGGAUUCGGACGUUGAAGUGGUUGAAGCUAGAACGGGACCUCUAAAGAACGCACCGGCUUCGCGCGAUUUCGAACUGCAACAACAGCAGCGACAACAGCAACUCGAACAGAUACGCCAGCAACAACAACGCCAACAAGAACAACAGCAACAACAGUUGCAGCAGCUGAAACAGAUACAAGAACAGCAACAGCAGGCACGCCGGCAGAUUCAGCAACAAGUCAGACAAAAGCAACAGCAACAAGUACAGCACCAACAAGAAGGUAGUCAGCAAGAAGAACUAAAACAGGAGAAACAGCAGGAACAGAGAUCUUCACCUGUCAGAGCUCUCGCCAGUCCGGUUCAACCCCGAUUAGGACAGAUUGAAAAUGCUCAACGAGGAUUAGUCCAAUUACCAGCGACAAGAGCUAUCGCUACUUAUCCCACCUACAACGCUUACACGGCAGCAUACUCAUCGCCGUUUGCUUACGCGGCACCUCUUACUGGUCUCACUUAUGCAUCUGCACUCCUCUAAAACAUAUUGCUUAAUCUUGAUUUUUACACGACUUGUCCAUCGAAUGAUAUAUUACUAUUAAAAUUUUAAUAAAUCCCUUGUAAUCUUCUGAAA